UUCAAUCAAGGGGUCGUAGCCAUGGUGUGUCCGUCUCAGUACUCACUGUACCUGCACAUACCGAUAAACGCGGCCAUGAUGGAUGUACCACCGCACACACGCGUCUCGCCUAGUCAGUGGCCGCCUAGUCACCUCACCCCCACCACCAUGCGUCUCUCCCUCUUCUGCCCAUUCAUCCAGCCAUCCAUCCAUCCAUCAAUCCAUCCGUCCACCCAUGAGGCAGUGAGUCAGUCGUACGCCUCAUGCUCACUCCCGUAGACCGUGUCAGAGGUGUGCCGCCCGCCGAUCCCAGCACCCAUCCCCACACCCAGACCUCCACCGCCAUCGUCUCGAUGCACAUGGUGACGCGCUGCAUCAUCACACAUCACACACACACACAGAGCACACAUUUCGUGUGUGCAUGUCACCAUGCCAACCUUUCCAUCCACCACCUGCCCAUUUACUGACCCCUCAGUUCUCGUUCGAAUUCGUUGUGGCCGGACUCCUCCCCGCCACCCAUCACGCCACCCAUGGUCUCCUGCGGCUCAUCGUCGUAGUAGUGCUGCCCCCUCUGCUGGUACUGGCGGUGCUGGCCGCCGCCGAGUCGCCCGCGGCGGGAUGCUGACGAGUAGGAGGCCGUCCGGCUGAGCAGCUCCUCCAUCUGGUCCUGCAUCCAUCGACCCACCGACACACAUUGAUCGCAUCAUACCGUCGUGAGGGGGGAGGGGGGAGGGGGAUGCUCACGGACGGACUCACUCGGUCAAAUCUGGAGUCGUGCUUCAUUCUGGUGCUGGUGCGCUGGUUCUGCACCUUGAAGUACUGGAAGACAAACACCGCCACCACUGCUAUCAACAAGCUGACACACAUGCACACACAGACAGACGGACGGACGGGAUGCACAGAUGGAAUAUGCGCGGCCCUCUCUGCGUGGCUAGCGUGUCGUGUGUGCUGUGCUGUGCGUCACACACACACACAUGGGGAUUCUGAGGUUGGUGAACCACGGCGAGAGGUCCGUCUGGGGCGGGGGCGGCGUCAGCACCACCUCAUACACAACCACACUCGUCGCUGCACACACACACCGACACACACGCACACACACACACCGACACACACCUGUGCAUCCACCAGCUCACAAGCGACGUGACGCACCGUUAGUCUGCAUGGCGACCACGUCGAUCUGGCCGGGCUUGCGGAAGCCGACGAAAUUGAGCACCUGAUCGAUAGACAGUCGGCUGGAUGAGUGCCAGGGAGGAAGAAAAGUCAUAUAUCAAUGUGUCACCUGCUGUCUGAUGGUCUUCCUGAAGGUGACGCCAUGUGCGCCUGAUCUUGACUCGGCCGCAGACGUGUUGAAGGCGAUCAGAGAGGCCUGCAAACAAACACACACACACGACACACACGUUGGUGGAUGGAUGGAUGUGACAAGUCUUGGAGCCGACAAAAGGGCGGAAAGACUGCCUUAUGCCGGACUAUGAGCCUGUCUGCCUGUCAUGGCUUCUCUCUGUGGGCAGCCAGGUAGGCCUGUCUCAGUGAGGGCCGGGGGUUUGCAGGACGCACACCCACAAAACGGCCCGACCCAGUCAAGAAAUGGCACAGCCAGCCGACUGGUCACUCAGACACUGCCCAUAUACCCUCUCUCUCUCUGUGUCUGUGUGUCUGCUCACGGGUUGUGCGGUGGUGGCUGAGGCGCUGGUGGUGUCAGGCUGAGCGAAUGCGAGAGUGUACCCACGCAUAGCGAACAGCUGCAACGGCCGCGACGACACCUGGGGGUACUUGAACUCAACUGACAGAGACAACGACACACGUGCAAACAAGCGGCACCUAGGUGUGCACGUCAGGCCCUUCCUUCUCUCUCUCUCUCUCCCAUGUAUCGCUGACCGAGGCAUGCCUUCCCUUUGGUUUCGAAAGCGAGCACCGAUCCGUCCUCCAGGCUCACAAUGGGGCGGGACGGGUGAGUCACGUCGAGCACCAUAUCGUGGAUGGGGGAUGACAGCUGACACACACACACACACACACAGAGAGAGAGAGAGAGAAAAGAUGCACAGAUCCAACAUGUCUUCAUCUGUACGCCCCACUCACCCCAGGGUUGCAUGGCGGCGCAUUGGAGUCGAGCAUGGCCGGCGAGAAGGGUCCGAACAUGGUGUGUGUGCGGAAGAAGAGCGUGUUGGUGUGGCCAGCGAGGCCCGUGACGCCCCCCUCCUCCUCAGUCACCCUCACGCGGCCCUUGAAGGUCGUGUUGCGCAUCAGGACACUCACGCCGCCCUCACGGUCGCCUAUCACGAUGUAGCGCACGCCACUGAGAAAAGGAAGCACACCCAUCGAUGCGACCAUCCGUCUGUGUGGGUGUGGGUCGUUCCGUCACCGAUUUUGGUAGCAGGCGAGUGCGGUUGAGUUGCGAAGGCCGUCAGACACUGACGGGGGCCACUGAGAAGCAGGGAGGGAGGGAGGGUGCAUGGUGAGGUUGGGCUAUCUUCGCCUGUUUUUUGUUUCUGUCUGACCUCUCCUUUGACAUCGAAUUUCAGUGUGACAUUGAGCAUCGGCCCCAUACUGAGAGAUAUCCUCUCAUCGUGGGAACUCUUGCGACCUGUAUUGCAUGCGCAGCACAGAUGUCCGCCCACAGAGAGGAGAGAACGAGAGUGGCGUGUGCAUGCCUUCUGUGAGUUGUGGUUCGGUGUGUGUCUGAUACCCCACCUUUCUUCUCCUCUCUGGACAGCUUGAUGUGUCUGAUCCUGAUGGCGUACACGAGCACCUCACCCCCCUCACCCAAUGCCACCAAAUGCUGAUCUGCACACACACACACACACACACACGCAGGACAGACAGACAGACCAUACCGUCCGCCAAUCCAUGUGUCUGUUCUCUCUCUCUUUGACGCUUUGACGUGGUACCUUCAAUGGAGGUCGACACGGCCACGUGUCUGAUUGGCUGUGAGGGCUCCAUCUGUGUGUAUGCCGUCAGCUCGCCGCCAUGGAUGUAGACGCCCACAUGGCCCUCGCGCGACACGCACACCAACAACGAGGUGGGGACGCCCCCAGGGGCUGAGGACACACACACCCGCACACACACAGGUGAUUGGUCAGCCGAGAGUGUGAUGUGCUGGCGCGUCUGUCACGUCCGUACAUACUUGUGUCGGUUUUGGGCCCCGCUGUUGGCGGCCUGGCCGAGCGCACCGGGAUGAACCGGAUGAAGUCUACCGUGAAGUUGGCCUGCAUGCACAGAGGGGUGUCCUCAGACACACAGAUUCGUGUGUAUGGUGCACAUGUACCUGUAUGGCGGCUCGUUCGAUCAUGUGAUCCUCAGCUGAGCGACUCGGCGCAUGGGCGUCGUCGAAGCUAAUCUGGCGCACACACACACACACGUGUGCGCACAUGGCCCAUCCCGUCCACCUCUCCGCCCACCUGACUGACUCCUCACCUCUGCCAGCAGAGGGACCUUGUCUUGCAGCAACCGUCGGUACGCAGCAGGCAGGGCCACCCUGCACACACGGGAAGCAUCACAUCCAUCAAUCAAUCCGUCUGGCUGUCCAUGUCUGGGUUGCUGUGGCUUACGGUUCUCCUGCAAGCAGUGCCGUCCUCAUUUUCUCCAGGAGUCCCCUCUUUCUCUCGUGCAGCUCGAUGAGCGUCUCCACUUCACGCAGCUCCUGGCUGAGCAGAUCCAUCGCAGCACUGCCUUCGCCACGGCCAUCGAUGUCAUCCGAUGCACCUCCGGACGAGCCAGCAGCUGCUCUCAAGGCGCCGCUUAUGGCAUGCAGGCAAACCAGUGAGAGGAAGGGAGAUUUCAUGAUUCGAGCAUGGGAUGUGCAGG